GGCGGUGGUGGGGGCGGAGAGCCGCCUGCGCACCUCAGGGCUGACAGCACACACGGCCUGGGGGCCUAGAGAAAGGUUGCUGAUCACCCGCCGCCCAGGGCCGGGGCCCCGCACCAUCCGGCGGCGAGCUCCCGAGAAGGGGCUCCCCCUCUCCAUCCACCCACCCCCACCUCUGAGAUCGCCUGGCGAACGCGAGCUGCUGCCUUCUUCCCGGCCCCGCUGCACCUCCCCGGGGAGCCGAGGGCGGGCGUGGACGGGACCGACGUGGAACGCAUUCUGUAGCCCAGACGGGCGGUCCCUGCGGCUUCGGGCGUGGGGACACGCCCAGCUGGAGAGGCGGUCAGGGCGGACCAAGCCGGAGCCGCGGGGCUCUGAGGGUCCCAGUCGGAGCGCAGCCGAUCCUGGGGAGGCGAGAGGUGAAUCGACCUGGACCCUUCGACAGCCCGGUUGCUAGGCCAGCAGCGCGACUCCCUUCCGAGCUGAGCUUGCCCUGCGCGCAAACUAGCGAGGCUGGGGCGCCCGUGGAAGCAAGAGUUCCGGGGUGGGCGGGGAGGCGACUGUCCGUGGUGCUGAGCGCCGGCGAGAGCGGGCGCGGAGAGGCUGAUCAGCUCCCUCGAAUUGGGGAGGUCCGCUGGGGUGGCUUAGGGCCCAGAACCGCCGUCCGGCUCCAAAAGUCCCCGGGGCCUCCCCAGGCACCGGUGCUAGGCCCUUCUUUGGGUCAGAAAGUCGCCCCCUGGGGGCAGUUCGUCCCAAAGGGUUUCCUCGAAAGAAUCUGAGAGGGCGCAGGCCUUGACCGAAGGAAUCUCUCUGUGUAGCCUCAGAAGCCGCCAGCCCCAGAAGAUGCCUGCCUUCAACAGAUUGUUUCCCCUGGCUUCUCUCGUGCUCAUCUACUGGGGAAAGAACUCUGUCAGUAGAUGAGUAGGCUGACCAUUAACAGUGGACUAGUUUCUAAAUGUCAUCAGUGUCUGCUUCCCUGUGUGUGUGGAAGUGCCCUCGGAGACGGAGGCCGUGCAGGGCAACCCCAUGAAGCUGCGCUGCAUCUCCUGCAUGAAGAGAGAGGAGGUGGAGGCCACCACGGUGGUGGAAUGGUUCUACAGGCCCGAGGGCGGUAAAGAUUUCCUUAUCUAUGAGUAUCGGAACGGCCACCAGGAGGUGGAGAGCCCCUUUCAGGGGCGUCUGCAGUGGAAUGGAAGCAAGGAUCUGCAGGACGUGUCCAUCACUGUGCUCAACGUCACUCUGAAUGACUCUGGCCUCUACACCUGCAAUGUGUCCCGGGAGUUUGAGUUUGAGGCGCAUCGGCCCUUUGUGAAGACGACGCGGCUUAUCCCCCUAAGAGUCACCGAGGAGGCCGGAGAGGACUUCACGUCUGUGGUCUCAGAAAUCAUGAUGUACAUCCUUCUGGUCUUCCUCACCUUGUGGCUGCUCAUUGAGAUGAUAUAUUGCUACAGAAAGGUCUCAAAGGCUGAAGAGGCAGCCCAAGAAAACGCGUCUGACUACCUUGCCAUCCCAUCUGAGAACAAGGAGAACUCUGCGGUACCAGUGGAGGAAUAGAACAGGAGUGGUGUGACAUGAGGUGGCCUGAACACCUGAGGGACUGGACAUCCCGUGUUCAGCAAUGUCAACAGCAUCAGGAGGGUGCCCCAAGGGCCUCGUCGCUUUCCUUCAUGCAUCCAUCCUUCUAUUCAUUCAUCCAUACAUCCACCUGCCUCUGAGCUUUCACCUCUGAUUUCGUAACUCCAUCAGACCCCUAUGCACCAUAAGACUUUGCCAGAACGGAGAAGCCAACAUUUCUUCAUAGACUCAACCUCACCCUGUCGUAGUUUUCCAACAAGACACUCCAAAGCCAACUGGAUUUCUCCCCUGUGCUCCAAAUGACUUUGUACAAGUGCUGGUGUCAGCACCUCCCUCUGCCCUUAACUGGCUGGAACGGGUUCAUUCUCCAUUACUGUAAGAGAAUGGAUGUCUUAAUAGAAGGAAGCAGGUGUGAUUAGUUCAGGUUAAAGCAAAAGUAUGUCGUGAACUUGGAUUCCUUGAAGUCAGUUUUUCCAAGUUCAUGGCCCACUUUGCUACAGCAUCAGAGCGAAGCAUGCCUCUCUAGGUUCUCCAGUGACAGAUCCUGAAGCAUGGACUAGCAUGCUCUCUGGAGCUCAGCACUCCAGGGCUGGAUCCUGAUGGGUCUCUAAGGUCCCUCCAAGAAGACAAGGACAGGAGGCUUGGGAAGGACCAAUGGUAAUUUAAGUGGCUCUUAAAAAGUCAUGCAACAUGAACAUGUUCCUGAUCCUAUUGCGAUAAUAUAUGUAUGCCCUCCUUAUGAGCACACCACUUGGGCAUUAGGACUGAAAUUCCUAAGUUCUUCCUCUCAAAAUUUCUGUGCAUCAGUAUUAUUCCCAUUUUACAUAAAGGAGGCAACUAAGACUCCUACAGGACUCAAUCGAGUAAGAGGCUUAAAAGGAUAAACUGGAGCAGAAAUAAGCCUUAGGUGCUGCCCAGUUUACACUUCCUGGGAUGAUUAUUUUUGCGGGGAGGGGACAGAGUCUUGCUCUGUCACCUAGGCUAGAGUGCAGUGGUGCAAUCUUGGCUCACUGCAACCUCUGCUUCUUGGAUUCAAGUGAUUCUUGUGCCUCGGCCUCUCAAGUAGCUGGGAUUACAGGCACACACCACCAUGCCUUGCUAAAUUUUGUAUUUUUGGUACAGACGGGGUUUUGCUAUGUUGGCCAGGCUGGUCUCGAACUCCUGACCUCAAAUGACCCACCCAUCUCAACCUCUCAAAGUGCUGGGAUUGCAGGCAUGAGCCACUGCACCCAGUCGAUAACUUUGUUUUUGAAGACUCUGUCAUUGAACUUGUCUAUGGCAAUGCUUCUUUCACAAGCACAGACUGGGGUCAACUCUGAUAGAUUGAGGUUACUAGAAAUUGGCCAAAAAAGCAGAGAAAAGAACAUGAGGUAGGCUUAAAGAACUUCCUUUAUGUAAAGAUUUGUGAAUCUGAAAUAUCCUCCAGAAGGAGAGUGCACCUGAGAAUGAUAUUUAAACUAAGAAAAAUGUUUAGUCUGAGACGGAAGAUAAGCGAAUGAGUGAUGUGAGAGGCGAGGGAUGGGUAGGUGGCUUCCAAAUACUUCACCUAUGAACGCAUAAUUUUCAGAUAUUUUUCCUCUAGAUUUUGAGGGAGCAGAGAAGCUGGAAAAAAUUUUA